AUGGCUAAGUCAAGUUCCAAGGCUUCUAAGCCUGUUAGCAAGAAGUCUAAGAAGGAAGCUGUUAAGGCACCUGAACCUUCCUCAUCUGAGUCUAGCUCAUCAUCUAGUGAAAGCAGUGACUCUUCAUCAGACUCAGACUCAGACUCAGACUCCUCUUCAUCUGAAGAAGAAAAGAAGGUGACCAAGAAGGCCGAAUCUUCAUCCAGUGACUCUUCCUCUGACUCUUCUUCCGACUCUUCUUCCGACUCCGAUUCCUCAGAAUCAGAAUCUGAAUCUGAAAAGGAAGAAAAGAAGGAAAAAAAGAAGGAAGAAAAGAAGGCAGAUUCAUCAUCAUCAUCUAGCUCUGAUUCUGAUUCUGACUCUGACUCCGAUUCUGACUCUGAUUCCGAUUCUGAUUCUGAAUCUGAAAAGAAGGAAGAAAAGAAGGCCACUUCUUCCUCAUCCUCUUCUUCUUCAACAUCAUCAGACUCAGACUCAGACUCUUCAUCCUCUUCUGACUCUGAUUCCGGUUCUGAAUCUGACUCUGAAUCUUCUGACUCUGAAUCUGAAGAAGAGCCAAAGAAGCGUAAGGCUGAGGAAGUUGAAGAAACUCCUGAACCCGCUGCUAAGAAGGCCAAGACUGAUGGUCCAAGCGAACCUGGUGCUACUCUUUUCGCUGGUAAGUUGUCUUUCAACAUUGAUGACGACUGGUUGAAGCGUGAAUUUGAACCAAUUGGAGGUGUUUUAGGUGCCAGAAUCAUCUACGACAGAGCCAGUGGGAAAUCCAGAGGUUAUGGUUACGUUGACUUUGAAACCACCGCUGAUGCUGAAAAGGCCCUUGCUGAGUACCAAGGUAAAGAAAUUGACGGAUGGCCAAUCAACUUGGACAUGUCCACAAGUAAGCCACGUCCAUCUAACAACAAUGACAGAGCUAAGAAGUUUGGUGAUGUCCCAAGUGCCCCAAGUGACACCUUGUUUAUUGGUAACUUGUCUUUCAAUGCUCAAAGAGACAACUUGUUUGAAAUCUUUGGUCAACACGGUAGCGUUGUCUCUUGUAGAGUUCCAACUCACCCAGACACUAACAUGCCAAAGGGUUUCGGUUAUGUUCAAUUUGCAUCUGUUGACGAAGCAAAGGCUGCUUUGGAAGCAUUGAACGGUGAAUACAUUGAAGGUCGUCCAUGUAGAUUGGACUUUUCUACUCCUAAGCAAACCACUGAUGGUGGUUUCAGAGGUGGCAGAGGAGGCUUCGGUGACAGAGGUGGAUCAAGAGGUGGCAGAGGUGGUUUCGGUGACAGAGGCGGAAGAGGUGGUAGAGGUGGCUUCAGUGACAGAGGCGGUAGAGGUGGAUUCAGCGGUGGUAGAGAAAGAUCUUCUACUCCUCAAUUCCAAGGUACCAAGAAGACCUUUGAUUAA